UUUGACCAUAUGCUACUUUCAUUUAUUUAUUAAAUGUUUCUAUUUUUAUUUUUAUUUUUUUUUACCAAAAGAACUUCUUCUUCUAUCCUUAUACUAAACUCCAAACAAAAACUUAUUAACUUCGAUAUAUUAACUAUAUUAACCUCAUACUUAUUAACCUCACUUAGUCGAUCAAACGCUCCCUCUUUAGAAGUAUAUUCUGGGUUGUCCACGACACAUUACUUAAUGAUAAAACCCACUCAACUAGCUAGCUGUACCUGCUUGUCUUGCAAACUCCAAGUCAAAGUCUACCCAUUUCUCCACGUGACAAUGGCAUUCUGGCUCCCUUCUUCCUCCAACCAAUCAACGCGACUGCUGGAAAUUCUCCUCCUCCUCCUUGUUUCCACCGGAGUAACAUCCAGAGAACUUCUGAAGAAUGCAGAUUUCGAAUCUCCGCCGUCAAACCUGCCGAAGAAUUCAAACAAAACAUCAGUAACACUGAACAAAAACAACACAAUUCCAGGAUGGACAUUUCAGGGGGCGGUUGAGUACAUAACAGUUGACCAAAUAAAAAACAUUUCGUUGCCAGACAAAGGACAUGCCAUAUUAUUGGGUGAAGAUGGAAAAAUCAACCAGACCUUCAAAGCCGAUGUGGAUUUUUUGAGUUACUUGCUGACCUUUGCGUUUGCACCAGGUGGUCAGAACUGUUCGGUUACAGCUCCAUUACAGAUCUCUGCACCGGAUACUGAUUCGGUGUUUAGCUUUAGCCAGCAUUAUGGAAAGGAGCCAUGGGAGGUCCAUGGCGUUUAUCUGGGCAGCUGGGGAGAUGAAGAGCCUGUAAACCUUGAAAUUCUAAGCCAAGCAAACGAUUCCACACCAACCUGUUGGCCUGCAAUUGACUCGCUUCAUAUCAAGACAAUGGGUAUAGUGAUGCCAGACAGUGACAACUUAGUAGUCAAUGGAAGAUUUGAAUACGGACCAGAUUUUCUUGAGAGCUCAGAGGGAGGAGUUCUGCUGGAUUCAGCUCCUACUCCUUUCUUUUCACCACUAAUACAGUGGGCAAUCCUGGGGAAAGUCAGAUACAUAAAUUCAAAACACUUCUUUGUACCACAAGGCAAUGCUGCUGUAGAGUUGGUAUCAGGAGUUUCAUCUGGAGUUCAAGCAGCACCGAAACUCCAGGCAGGUUCUUCUUAUACCUUGAAUUUCACACUGGGUGAUGCCAAUGAUUCGUGCAAAGCUACAUUUCUUGUUGGUGUUCAAGCUGGAUCUACAUCUCGGAAUUUCACACUGGAGAGUAAUGGAACAGGUUCAGCUGUAAAAUUCUCCAUGACAUUCAAUGCAGCAGCUCCUGAUGUUAAUACAAUCACAUUCCUUAGCUACACUACAUCCCAAACAAAAGAUGGAGACCUCUGUGGUCCAGUCAUAGAUGAUGUCAUUUUGAGUGUUUCUCACGGGCUCAGAAUUUCUGUGCCGUGGAAGAGUGUGAUUCUUCUGUGUUUGAUUAUAAUCAUCUGUUUUCUCUGAGGGCAGUGUCGAGGAAUUUCAACAUUUUGACAAGUUAGGAAACCUGUAUUAUUGCUGUACCUUUCUUCUUUGAGGAAAAUUCAGAAUAAAAACCAGCAAACAUUGUAUUUUGUCUCAAACGAAGUAUACUUUAUUUAUUUGUGGAGAUAAAAAGGAGCCACAGUAAUUGUUACAGUACAGUACAUUUACAUUGUUGUAAAUUCUUAUCUAAGAUUGAGUAUAAUUUGCUA